AUAUAUUCGUGGCCGAGCCAGACUUCCGACCUUCUUCCUUCUUCCUUUCUACACAUCACACUUUGACCAAGAACCUGAAGCCUUCGAAGACUUCCUUUCAUACAUUCAUACAUUCAUACACUCAACCCAUUCAUCCUUUCAAACAUUGCUAUACACAUCAUCAGCCCAAAAAAAUCAUCAUUAACCCGUGAUAUCACUCAGUGAUAUCACAACUACCACAUCUCAUAUUCAUCUCCAGUAUCCUUUGCCUCAUUCUUAUCCAAGUUAUCUUUAUUCAACCCGACUUCAUCAUGGAGCCAGGUCAUCUCUGGACGUAUAACCGCGAGUCUAACGUGAAGAAGUUCGAGUUCCCACCGGUCCUCCCACCCCGGCCCAGCUACAAUUCCGACCCCGGAACAAAGAGUGUCACCCUCAGAGUGAACCAGUUCCGAAUUUCUGAGUGGUCAGACAAGUCGGUCUGGCAAUACGAUGUGAAGAUUGGAUCUGGAGCCGAAAACCGCGGUCUCCUCAAGGUUGUUUGGAACAGCAAACCCGUUCAGGAAUUCUUGGCCGGCCAUGCGAAAUACUGGCUUUGGGAUGGGAACAAAAUCGCAUGGUGCGACAAGCCAACCAAGAAGAUGAACUUUGAGAAGAAGAUCACGGUCAACCUGGAUGAGCUCAAGGGCAGACAGCCUCGAGUCAUCAACGGCGUCCCCAAGCCGGACAUAACAUUUGUCACCAUCAAGUGCACCACGGAAAUCCCAAUGGGAGUCAUUCGAGCCUACUUGUUCAAGGGAAUGGAUUUCGACAACACCGUCCUCAUGGCAAUCAAUUUCUUGGACCACUGCCUUCGCCAAUGGCCAUCGGAGAACUUCAUCCAAGUCAAGCGCUCUUUCUUUCCGAGAGGCACUCAGAGACAGGUUCUUCAUGGCCUGGCCACACUCAUCGAGGCACAAAAGGGUGUUUAUUCGUCCAUCCGCCUUUGCGAAUCUCCCAGUACUCCGGGUGCCCUGAGCACAGGUCUUGGUGUCAAUGUUGACGUCGCCAAUGGAACAUUUUGGGUACCCCAACUUCUCAGUCAAGCAGCUCGCAACUUGACUUACGAGAGAAACUCUGGCUUGAACUGGGAUGUGUUCUCAGAGAGUCUGAGACCUGUCCCAGUGAACGGCAAAAAGACCAGUUCUGGUGCUCAGUACCACAUCAUGUCGAGGGAAUUCAAGGAGCUUCGCAAGCUUCACAAACUUCGAUUCCACGUCAAGCACCGCGGAAAGGAGCAAAAUGAGCGAGUCUAUCAGGUCAAGAACUUUGUCUUCUCCCCAGAUCAGUACGGUUCAUGGGGUGGCCAUGCCAAAGCAGUCACCUUUGAGAAGAAGGACCCUCAGAAUCCUAACGCCACCGCAAAGGAGAUAACCAUCUACGACUACUUUGAGAGGACAUACAAUGUUACUCUCCAAUACUGGAAGCUGCCAUUGGUGCAGACAGUCAAGGGUGGAAUCUUCCCAAUGGAACUCUGUACCAUUGCACCAGAUCAGCGCUACAUGUUCAAGUUGGAUCCCAAACAGACUGCGGAUAUGAUCAACUUCGCAGUCGUUCCACCGAACCAGCGCCUGGAAUCCAUUAGAAAGGGGGUUGACUUGCUGAGCUGGGGCAAAGAUCCAUACCUCAACCACUACGGCAUCAAGAUCGAGAGCACUCCGACUAUCACGACGGCAAAGCAACUGCAGCCCCCGGAUAUCCACUUCGGAAAAACCUCACAGAAAACAAUUGUGAAGCCAGGCUUUGCUGGGUUUUGGACCCUCGAUAGAAGCCAGCUGCUGUUGGUUCCACCGAAGCCCUUGAAGAAUUGGGGCGUAUUCAUGGCUGCGGAUAGAAAUGGAAGACCAAUUGUCACCGAGCCAAGAUGGGACGAGUUCAUUGCCACUUUCAAGCAGCAGUACAUUGCCCUCGGCCACAAGGGUGCCAUUCCGGACCCAAGGAAGUUCUUGUUCAACAGUGACAAUAUCGAGUCACAGAUUGACAGACUGCUGGCGCCGCUUGCUUCCACCCCAGAGAACAUUCCUCAGAUUUUGUUGUUCAUUGUCCCAGAUAAGAACUCUUGGACUUAUGACAGGAUCAAGAAGCACAUGGAUUGCAAAUAUGCUCUCGUGUCGCAGGUCAUGGUGAAGGGACACAUCGAGAAGAACAACCCGAAGUAUUGCAAGAACGUCAUCAUGAAGCUCAAUGCCAAGCUCGGUGGCACGACUAGCAAGGCCUGCAAAUCCAAUGCGAAGGAGCCUACGUUCUUCAAUACGCCUGGUCAGACCGCAAAGAACCUUGUGAUGAUGAUUGGCGCCGAUGUGAGCCACCCUGCCCCUGGCUCGGAGCAGCCGUCUUUUGCAGCUGUCACCAUGUCUCUUGAUAGCGACUGCUGCAGAUAUGCGGCAGCAUGCGAAGUCAAUGGCUUCAAUAAGGAGAUGAUCCAAAAGCAUGUCUGGGACAAGAAGGUCAAGGCAAUGGUCAACUGGUGGCUGGAGACUGUCGGAACUGUCAACGGCCAAAAGAAGGUUCCAUCCCACAUCUACUAUAUGCGCGACGGUGUUUCCGAAGGUCAGUACUUACAAGUGCUCAACGAUGAAGUCAAAUGGCUCAAAGACAUGUUGGAAACCGUGAACCCACAGUUCAAUCAGACUAAGUUUGCUGUGGUUAUUGCAUCGAAGCGCCACCACAUCCGUUUCUUGCCACGAACUGAAGACCAAUGCAAAGACAAAGACUUCAAUCCUUUGCCAGGAGUUCUGGUUGAGCACGACAUCACUCAUCCAUUCCAGUACGAUUUCUACCUCAAUGCCCACAAGGCAAUCAAGGGAACUGCUAGACCAGUUCAUUACCACGUCAUUCUCGACGAGGUCAAGCACAAGCCCGGCCAGCUUCAGGAGAUGAUCUACGCACACUCAUACCAGUAUAUGAGAUCCACGACGCCCGUUUCCAUUCACCCAGCUGUGUAUUACGCACACUUGGCAUCCAACAGAGCCCGUUCUCACGAGAACGUUCCAAUCGUUGACGAGCCUCGUGGUGGUCAAAAGGCUAUGGAGAGAAGACAGGCAGCCAAGCUUGAGAGCGAUUUGAGACUGGAGAACGCGUCUGAGGGUGGAUUGACCGCCAAGCGCUCGUCUGGCAAGUCGCCAUCGACUCAAUACCAGAUGGUGGAGAAUGAGGUGAUUGGGAAGUUCUGGAGAGAGCAACCGCAGCCGGUGAGAUUUAAGGCGCUGACCCAGGCGUUCUUGUACGGCAUGUGGUACAUCUAGGCCCUCGGGCUUACUGGUCAGCUUCGCUGGCAUAUUAUAUUUUCACUUCUAGCUCCAUUGUUGGCCAUGGACUUUUCGAUGGCAGGCAUUGGAGCCGCAGCUCUUGGAUCACACUCGCUUUGGCCCUUUUUGCCAGAGUGAGUGCCACCUGCUUGCUUAUUACGGACAAUUUCUUUCCUUGGGCGCGGUUAUCAAUUGUACGGGGACAACACUAGAACUUCUUUCGGCCAGCUACAGGAGUAACUCUCGCCUUGGUGGUGGAGUUUAUGGUGUUCAAUAGAUAGGUCGGAUAUCUGCCUUCCUUCCCC